GUACAAGGCGUCCUGCGCCCAUUGGCUGGGCGGUGGUGUCUGGGGCCCUUCGGUUCAGUGCCAGCACCCAGAUCCACGUGCGCGCGCGUGUGUGACACAGACCUGACCUCAGUAGGGGCCAGUAGCCAAUCACGGACCAGGAUGAGAUCCCCAGCCAAUCGAGGGCGGGGCUUGUGGCUCCUCCGGUAGGAGGCCAAUGAGGGGCAGUGCCUGGCAUUAUGCAACCCGCCUCCUGGCCCCGCGGAGCUUCCACUCGGCUGCGGGCUGCAACGGUGGGCAGGCGGCCGAAGGGCGCUCGCGCGGGACAGGUACUGGCUGUGAUCGAACUUCUCACAAUCUCAGAGGCUUGGGUCCUCCACCUCACUCCCCUAGCCAGGCCUCCCGGCCCCCUUGUGCAUCCGUGGUGGCCUCUCCGUCAUCACUGUUUUCUGCCAGCCCUCCCCAUGGCCCAGACAUGAGUGGCCCCUUAGAAGGGGCUGAUGGGGGAGGGGACCCCAGGCCAGGGGAAUCCUUUUGUCCCGGAGGGGCCCCAUCCCCUGGGCCACCACAGCACCGGUCUUGCCCUGGCGCUGGCUUGGCUGAUGACACGGAUGCCAACAGCAAUGGCUCAAGUGGCAAUGAGUCCAACGGGCUCGAGUCCCGGGGUGCAUCUCAGCGUAGCUCACAUAGCUCCUCAUCUGGCAAUGGCAAGGACUCGGCCCUGCUGGAGACCACUGAGAGCAGCAAGAGCACAAACUCUCAGAGUCCAUCCCCACCCAGCAGUUCCAUUGCUUACAGCCUCCUGAGCGCCAGCUCAGAACAGGACAAUCCAUCUACCAGUGGCUGCAGCAGUGAACAGUCCGCCCGCGCAAGGACCCAGAAGGAACUGAUGACAGCACUGCGGGAGCUCAAGCUUCGGCUGCCGCCAGAGCGCCGAGGCAAGGGCCGCUCUGGGACCCUGGCCACACUGCAGUACGCACUGGCCUGUGUCAAGCAGGUGCAGGCCAACCAGGAAUACUACCAGCAGUGGAGCCUGGAGGAGGGGGAGCCUUGCGCCAUGGACAUGUCUACCUAUACUCUGGAGGAGCUGGAGCACAUCACGUCUGAGUACACACUUCGCAACCAGGAUACCUUCUCCGUGGCCGUCUCCUUCCUGACAGGCCGAAUCGUCUACAUUUCGGAGCAGGCAGGCAUCCUGCUGCACUGCAAGCGGGACGUGUUCCGGGGCGCCCGCUUCUCUGAGCUCCUGGCUCCCCAGGAUGUAGGCGUCUUCUAUGGUUCCACUGCCCCAUCCCGCCUGCCCACCUGGGGUGCUGGGGCUUCGGCAGGUUCAGGCUUCAAGGAUUUCACCCAGGAGAAGUCUGUCUUCUGCCGUAUCAGAGGAGGUCCUGACCGGGAUCCAGGGCCUCGGUACCAGCCAUUUCGCCUAACCCCAUAUGUGACCAAAAUCCGGGUCUCAGAUGGGGCCCCGGCACAGCCAUGCUGCCUGCUCAUUGCAGAGCGAAUCCACUCGGGUUACGAAGCUCCCCGGAUCCCCCCGGACAAGAGGAUCUUCACGACACGGCACACACCCAGCUGCCUCUUCCAGGAUGUGGAUGAAAGGGCCGCCCCGCUGCUGGGCUACCUCCCACAGGAUCUUGUGGGGGCCCCAGUGCUCCUGUUCCUACACCCUGAGGACCGACCGCUCAUGCUGGCCAUCCACAAGAAGAUCCUACAGCUGGCUGGCCAGCCCUUUGACCACUCUCCCAUCCGUUUUUGUGCCCGUAACGGGGAGUAUGUCACCAUGGACACGAGCUGGGCCGGCUUCGUGCACCCCUGGAGCCGCAAGGUGGCCUUUGUGUUGGGCCGCCACAAAGUACGAACGGCACCCCUGAAUGAGGACGUGUUCACUCCCCCGGCCCCCAGCCCAGCUCUGUCCCUGGACUCUGAUAUCCAGGAACUCUCAGAGCAGAUCCACCGGCUGCUCUUACAGCCCGUGCACAGCCCCAGCCCCGUGGGGCUCUGUGGAGUCGGCCCUGUGACCUCCCCAGGCCCUCUCUUCAGCCCUGGCUCCUCCAGCGAUAGCAACGGGGGUGAUGCCGAGGGGCCUGGGCCUCCUGCCCCGGUGACCUUCCAGCAGAUCUGUAAGGAUGUGCAUCUGGUGAAGCACCAAGGGCAGCAGCUUUUUAUUGAAUCCCGGGCUCGGCCUCUGCCCCGGUCCCGCCUCCCUGCUACAGGCACGUUUAAGGCCAAGAACCUUUACUGCCAGUCCCCAGACCCAGAGCUGCGGGCAGACCCUGCUUUAGUCCAGGCCCCACCAGCCUUGGCCCCUGAGGAGGCUGAGAGGAAAGAAGCCUCCAGUUGCUCCUAUCAGCAGAUCAACUGCCUGGACAGCAUCCUCAGGUACCUGGAGAGCUGCAACAUCCCCAGCACGACCAAGCGUAAAUGUGCCUCCUCCUCCUACACCGCCUCCUCAGCCUCCGAUGAUGACAAGCAGAGGACAGGUCCAGUCCCUGUUGGGACCAAGAAAGAUCCAUUGGCAGUGCUGUCUGGGGAGGGGGCCACCCCUCAGAAGGAGCCGGUGGUAGGAGGUGCCCUGAGCCCGCUCGCCCUAGCCAAUAAGGCGGAGAGCGUGGUGUCUGUCACCAGUCAGUGUAGCUUCAGCUCCACCAUCGUCCAUGUGGGAGACAAGAAGCCCCCGGAGUCGGACAUCAUCAUGAUGGAGGACCUGCCCAGCCUGGCUCCAGGCCCAGCUCCCAGCCCAGCCCCUAGCCCCACAGUCGCCCCUGACCCGGCCCCAGACGCCUACCGCCCUGUGGGCCUGACCAAGGCCGUGCUGUCCCUGCACACACAGAAGGAGGAGCAGGCCUUCCUCAGCCGCUUUCGUGACCUCGGCAGACUGCGUGGACUCAAUGGCUCCUCCAUGGCCCCCUCAGCCCCCGGAGAACGAGGCUGCCACCAUGGCCCCACACCCCCCAGCCGCCGACACCACUGCCGGUCUAAAGCCAAGCGCUCACGUCACCACCAGGCCCCUCGGGUCGAAUCGCCCUGCUACGUCUCCCACCCCUCACCUGUUCCACCCUCGGCCUCCUGGCCCCCGCCACCAGCUACCGCUCCCUUCCCAACUGUGGUCCAGCCCUAUCCGCUCCCAGUGUUUUCUCCCCGAGGCGGCCCCCAGCCUCUUUCCCCUGCCCCCACGUCAGUGCCCCCUGCAACUUUCCCUGCCCCCCUGGUGACCCCAGUUGUGGCCUUGGUGCUGCCUAAUUAUCUCUUCCCUACCCCGUCCAGCUACCCCUAUGGGGCACCUCAGACUCUCCCCGAGGGGCCUCCUACCCCCGCCUCCCACUCCCCUUCUCCGCCCCUGCCUCCCCCGCCCCCCAGCCCUCCCCACCGCUCGGACUCUCCACUGUUCAACUCGAGAUGCAGCUCCCCACUCCAGCUAAAUCUGCUGCAGCUCGAGGAGUCCCCCCGUGUUGAGGGGGGCGCGGUUGCGGGGGGCCCUGGCAGCAGUGCUGGGCCUCUUCCUCCCAGUGAGAAGGCUGCUGAGCCAGAGGCCAGACUGGUGGAGGUAACUGAGUCCAAUCAGGACGCGCUUUCUGGCUCCAGUGACCUCCUGGAGUUGUUGCUGCAAGAAGACUCUCGCUCUGGCACAGGCUCUGCUGCCUCAGGCUCCUUGGGCUCUGGCUUGGGCUCUGGGUCUGGUUCCGGCUCCCAUGAGGGGGGCAGCACCUCAGCCAGUAUCACACGCAGCAGUCAGAGCAGCCACACAAGCAAGUACUUCGGCAGCAUCGACUCCUCUGAGGCUGAGGCUGGGGCUGCCCAGGCCAGGGCUGAGCCCGAGGACCAGGUCAUUAAGUACGUGCUCCAGGAUCCCAUCUGGCUCCUCAUGGCCAAUGCUGACCAGCGUGUCAUGAUGACCUACCAGGUGCCCUCCAGGGACGUCGCCUCUGUGCUGAAGCAGGACCGGGAGCGGCUCCGGGCCAUGCAGAAACAGCAGCCUCGGUUUUCAGAGGACCAGCGGAGGGAGCUGGGUGCUGUGCACUCCUGGGUGCGGAAGGGCCAGCUGCCUCGGGUCCUGGAUGUGAUGGCCUGUGUGGACUGCGGUAGUAGCACCCAAGACCCUGGCCACCUUGAUGACCCGCUCUUCUCAGGACUGGAUGGAUUGGGGCUGGAGCCCAUGGAGGAGGGUGGAGGCGAAGGUGGUGGUGGUGGUGGUUGUGAGGAUCAGGGCGGCGAAGAGGCCCAGGCCCAAGGUGGGGCUGGGGCCUCCAGCCCUCAGGACCUGGCUAUGGAGGAGGAGGAGCAAGGUGGGAGCUUGUCCAGCCCAGCCUUACCUGCCACAGAAAAUGGCACCAGCUAGACUACUUUUGGGGGCACCUCCAGGAGUGCAUGAGAAGCUUCCUUCUUCCACAUCCAACUCUCAGAACUCAGAUGUGGCUGGACCAACCAAUAGCAAACUGCCCCAGGUUCUCCCGCUGUGGGGGCUGGACCCCCAUCACCAGCCCAGGAUCCAGGCGUUGCCUCUGGCUUUUGAGGGAACAGAGGAUGGAACUCUCCAGAAAAGCCUCACCUUCCACCGCUGGUGGAGUCCUUCCUUCCCUGGACAGAGUUGCUGCCAGGCUGCUGAAGCGGUCUCUCUGAGUCCCAGCUGAGCCCUAGUCCUGGUCCCCGAGGGUUGGGCUGCACUUAUUUAUUGAGGGAGGCAAUCCUCUCUCCUACCCCCUCCCCAGAUGGGAGGAGGAGGGCCUGAGGCCCAAGCAGGAGCCAGUGGUCCAAACCCCGAGCUGCUCCAGGGUGGGGGCGGUUGGUGGACCGUGGAGUCCCUGGUGCUGCCCCUCAGGUGGGACCCAGGUGUUCUCAGCUGUAUCCUCUACCGAUGACAUUUGUGUUUUUGAUAUUGUGUCUGUUAAUAUUUUUUUAAUACAAAAACAAAAAACAAAACCCAGGAGUUUGUGGAAUGAAG